UAGAGCAAUCAGGUAACUUAGUGCUAGAGCCAUGGCGAACAUUGCCCCUCCCCCUGCUAGCACUCUCGCUGCGUAUGGCGCUCUUGACAAAGAGGACGAGCUCUGCUUGCAGGCGCAAGAACUCAUGUUGGCAUACAACAAGUCCCUGGUCCUCAGGGCGGCGAUCCAGCUCGGCCUCAUCGACGCGCUGUGCGCGGCCCCCGCCGCGGUCACCGCGGACGAGCUUGCCCAGCAAAUCAAGGCCGUGGACAGGGCCAACACGGCCGCCUCGGUGGAGAGGAUCCUCGGCUACCUCGCGUGCGUCAACGUGGUGAGGUGCUCGGCCGAGACGAUGGGCCCCGACGGCGAGGUCCUUCGGCGGUACACGCCGGCGCCGGUGUGCCGGUGGCUCACGAAGAACGACGGCAAGGGGUCGCUGGGCCUCUUCGCCGUCUUCCUCGGCGAUCCGGACCACAUGUUACCCUGGCAUCACAUAGCCGACGCGGUGGUCUCGGGCGGACCGUCGUCCUUCGAGAGGAUCCAAGGGACGCCGUUCUUCGACUACCUGGGGAAGAAGAACCAGCGGCUGGGCAUGCUGUUCGACGACGCCAUGGCCGACCACUCGGUGAUUCUGGUCACCAAGAUGCUCGAGCGUUACAGAGGGUUCGACGACGUCCGGCGGCUCGUUGACGUCGGCGGGGGCACGGGCAACACCCUGCAGAUGAUCACCUCCCGGUACAAGCACAUCACGGGCAUCAACUACGACCUGCCUCAAGUUUUGUCUCAGGCUCCAUCUAUCCCUUGUGUGGAACAUGUAUCUGGAAACAUGUAUGAGAGCGUACCCUCUGGAGAUGCGGUCCUUUUGCAGUGGAUGCUGCUUAUGCAGACAGACGAGCAGUGCAUCACAAUACUGAAGAACUGCUACAAAGCUCUCCCUGAUGGAGGGAAGGUGAUCGUCAUAGACGGUAUCCGGCCGGAGAUCCCAGACCCGACUUCUCCAGCUGCACGCGACGCCUUCUCCUUGGACAUGUGCAUGUUUGUCCUUUUCAAGGGGAAGGAGAGGACGGAGAGGGAGUUCACCAAGCUUGCCCGGGAAUCUGGCUUCACUGGUGCUGUCCGUACGACCUACAUAUUCUUGAACUUUUACGCGAUUGAGUUCACCAAGUAGCGGCCAUACCAACAUACCACCAGCAUGGUCUUGAAUAAGAGCUGAUAGCUCAGUGCGUACGACGCAUGAUUUAUUUGUAUGCCCACUUGUGUCUUUCCAGUGUUUCAAGAAUAAUGAAUCAAAAGCUAGUCAUGUCACUACCUCAGAA